CCAACGAGCUGACAGAGUCGGACGCCUUUAACGUGCGCGGACCCAGCGGAAGUUUACCCGGUUGCUGUGGGUGAGGGACAGUGACAGCGUCGCGUCUCUCCCCCUUUAAACGAACCCGCUCUCCCCCUUUUCUCUCUCCCCCCUUCACACACACACACACACAUGGCGUCCAACUCCAACAUAGACAUCGAGGGUGCGACCCAGCAUCUCCGGGACAUCCUCAAGCUCGACCGGCCCGGCAACGGCACCGACGCACAGUCGAGUGACGGUCCAAGGAUGCCGUCUUUUAACGGAGAGCUGAACGGCUUGCUGGGAGCCGCCGGCCUCCUGGGCAGCACCGACCGGACCUCCAUGACGGACUCCAGCAGACCGAUCUCCACGGACAUGAGCAGCGCGCAGGAGCCUCAGAUCAUCUGCCUCUCUGGUGACGACGGCUCCACCUGCAUCCCCAUCACCUCCAACAACGUGGAGAUCGUGGCAAGUCAAGAUUCAAGCAUCAACAGCAAAGCUCGCGGCAGCAACAAGGUGAAGGUUCAGCCGGUUGCCAAGUACGACUGGGAGCACAAGUAUUAUUACGGCAGGCUGAUCGCCGUGUCCAACUCCUUCCUGGCCUACGCCAUCAGAGGAGCCAACAACCACGCGAUGAUCCGCGUCCUGAGCGUCGGGUUCACGGAGCGCUCGCUCCUGAAGGGCUUCACCGGAGCCGUCACAGACCUGGCCUUCGCCCACCUCGACUCCUCCCUGCUGGGCUGCGUAGAUGAAGCUGGAAACCUGAUGGUGUGGCAGCUCACCUGCACUGGAAGCAAGAUACUUGAUCAGGUGGUGGUUCACAUCCGGCGGCCCGACGACGCCCCGCUGAACUCCCACCGCCGCCUCAUCUGGUGCCCGUUCAUCCAGGACGACAACGAGGAGAACCAGGACGACACCAGCCAGACGUUAGCUCUCCUCCAUGAAGACCGGGCUGAGGUGUGGGACCUGGAAGUCUUGCGAGCCAACAACAGCAGCUGGCCCGUCGAUGCCGCGGACCUGAAAGAAGGCCUCAUCACGGUGAAGGGACACACUCAGCGAGUCAGCGAAGGAGCUCUGUCUCCGGACGGGACGGUGUUAGCCACAGCCAGCCAUGACGGAUACAUCAAGUUCUGGCAGAUCUACAUCGAAGGUGGACAGGACAAGCCGAGAUGUCUUCAUGAGCUGCGGCCUCACGGCGGACGCCCCCUCUCCUGCCUUCUGUUCUGUGACAACCACAAGAGGCAGGACCCGGAGGUUCCUUUCUGGCGGUUCCUGAUAACCGGAGCAGAUCAGAACCAGGAGUUGAAAAUGUGGUGCACUGUCUCCUGGACCUGUUUGCAGACCAUCAGGUUUUCUCCGGAUCUGUUCAACUCCUCGGUUCUGCCGGGUCUGAAGGCCAGUCUGGAUCUCUCUGCAGAGUAUCUCAUCCUCACUGACGUACAGAGGAAGGUUCUGUACGUGAUGGAGCUGCGGCAGGACCUGGACAAAGGCAAGGCCACCUUCACGGCAGUGUCAGAGUUCCUGGUCACCCACCCCGUGCUCAGCUUCGGGGUCCGCGACGUCGCUCACAGCCGACUGCGACACACCGAGGUCCUGCCGGCCGAGGAGGAGAGCGAGAGCCUGACGACAGAGGGUGCUCAAGGUCCCACCGAGUCCAAGUCUGGGAUCCAAAUUAAACUCUACUGCGUCCACACCAAGAGUCUGCAGGACGUUCAGAUCUGGUUUCAGCCUCACUCUGGUUCCAGCUCUGCCGUGUUCCUGCCACACUCGGACUCUCAGGAUGGUUUUGCAGGGUUUUCGGAUCAUCUCACCGACCAGAGCUCCGACAAAGAAUCAGGAAACGGCUCCCAGACCGACCUGAGGAAGAUCCCGUCGCUUCCCGCUCCCACCGACUUCCUGACAAACUCGGGUGCCGGCGGCGGGGCGAUGCCCAAGCUGAUGACUCCCGACGCCUUCAUGACGCCGAGCACUUCGGUUCCGGCUUCUCCCGGCAGCAGCGCCAGCAGUCUGACCAUCGUCACGGCGAUCAGCAGCAACUCGGACUCCACAAACAGAACUCUGGACGAGGUCAGUCAGAGUCCAAACCGAGCCGAGAACAGCGGCAGCAGCAACACCAGCCUGGCACUGUCCACCUCCACCAGCAGCCCGAGAGCUGCCUCUGCUGUGCUGCUGCCCGGGCUGGAGAACCUCCAGGCUUUAGCGUCCCCUAGUGGUCCUCUGGCGCUGGACAGCCCUCAGGUUCUGGAUUCUCCCCUCCUGCCGCCGCUGGCCUCGCCGACCAGAGCCCGCUCCCCCGACGUCAUCUCCUCGGCCUCCACGGCCAUGUCCCAGGACAUGCCGGAGAUCGCGUCCCAGACGCUGCAGCUGCAGCGCGGGCUGGUGUCCAGCUUGGAGCCUUUACCUCUGUCCGCUCUGCAGACGGACAGCAUGGCCUCGGCGGCGUCCGCCCUGCACCUGCUCACCUCGCCGCGCACGGCCAACAACAACAGUCUCAGCCUGCUGCCGCUCGAACUCGGGGGCGCCGACGGGCCGGUGGGCGGAGCGGCAGAGUCGGAGCCCAGACUCAGUCACACCCCGUCUCUGCUGGAGAACGCCUUAUCGCAGGAGAACCCCGGCGUCGGAGGAGGCUCGUCAGACGGCGGCGUUAGCCACACACCGUGGCCGGCGGCGCCCGACAUCACUCGAGAAACGAGGAACAGUCUCAGGGACAACGGUCUUGGAGACUGUUCAAGAGAGGAGUCGAAGGACAGACACUUGAGCUCUCCUUACCAUCGACGCUCCUAUCACCUGCAGCAGAGUGACAGCCAGGACGCCGGCGGAGAGCAGAGCGACCCCGACGACGAGGUGGCCAGCCUGGCGUCGUCCACGGGGAACUGCGGCUCUCGCUCUUCUCACAGACUUCCCGUCAAGGACUGGAAGACGUCACCGCGAGGCUCGCCAAAACUAAAGAGGAAGACCAAGAAAGAUGACGGUGAAUCGUCUCAGUCCAGGCAAACAGACUCUGCUCAGAUGAAUGCAGAAGUCCAGGACGAGCUGCUGAUGCUCCUGCGCAGCCAGCAGAGGGAGUUAACCGAACUGCGUGGACAGAUCGAAGCCAUGCAGAGCUCCAUCAUGGCUCAGGUGGAGCACGUCCUGACCAGCCACCAGGAGCAAGAACAGCGCCGCCUGGAGCGAGUCCUGGCCGAGAGUCAGAACCACCAGCAGCAGCUCCAGGAGCAGCUCGGCCAGCAGCUCGGCCACGCCCUCGGCUCGGCGCUCACCAACAGGAUGGACAAAGUGCUGCGAGAGGAGAUGAAGAAGACGGUGCCGCAAACGAUCUCCAAGAGUCUGGAGCCGGUGACGGGUCAGCUGAACAACACCAUCGCCGCCAAGCUGACGGCCGUGGAGGUCACCCUGAAGGAGAACGUCACCAAGGUGGUCAAAUCAAAGAACACGACGGACGCCAUCGGGCGAGCGGCGGCCGAAGCGAUGCAGGGGCCGAUCCAGGCGGCGUACAAAGACGCCUUCCAGAGCAUCGUGCUGCCGGUGUUCGAGAGGGGCUGCCAGUCCAUGUUCCAGCAGAUCAACGACAGCUUCAAGCAGGGCACGCAAGAGUACAUCCAGCAGCUGGACACUCACAUGAAGAACAGGAAGCAGAGGGAGCAGGAGACACGCGACCCCAUGAUCGGCCAGCUCCAGCAGAUGAUCGACGGCUUCCAAAGCUCCACCGAUCAGCUGGCCAAUAACAUCACGGCUAACGUCCGGGCGGAGGUCCAGCACCAGAUCCAGAUGAUGGUGGGAAAUUUGCAGGAGUCUAUUCUUAGCCACGUGCAGCGGAUCGUCAAAGGCGAGGUGAGCCUGGCGAUGAAGGAGCAGCAGGCGGCGGUCACCUCCAGCAUCAUGCAGGCGAUGAGGUCGGCGGCCGGCACGCCCGUCCCCACGGCGCACCUCGACUACCAGACGCAGCAGGCCAACAUCCUGCAGCUGCUGCAGCAGGGCCAGCUCAACCAGGCCUUCCAGCAGGCUCUGUCAGCGACCGACCUGAACCUGGUCCUGUACGUGUGCGAGACCAUCGACUCCCAGCAGGUGUUCGGGCAGCACUCGUGUCCUCUGAGCCAGCCCGUGCUGCUGUCGCUCAUCCAGCAGCUCAGCUCCAACCUCAGCACCCGCUCGGAGCUCAAGAUCAGCUACCUGGAGGACGCCGUGAUGAAUCUGGACCACGGCGACCCGCUGACGAGAGACCACAUGGCCGCCGUGCUGGCCCAGGUCCGGCCGAAGCUGUUCACCUUCCUGCAGCAGGACCCGCACAGCCCGCUCAGCAAGAGGGCGCGGCGCCUGAUGAUGAUGCUGCAGGGCCUCGUCAACCACUAACCACGGCCCGGGACGCCUCGGUCCGCUUCCAACGGCGACUCGAGUUCGGAAACCUCGCACUUGGUUCGCUCAGCUCUUUCCCCGCCGCUCCAGUCGAAGUGUCAAACUGUUUUUGUUCGUCUGUUUGUCGAUCCGUCAGGUCUUUGGUUCCUGCUGCUUCUCUCCCCGAACACAAAGGAGACGCCGUGUCCGUCUCGUCCUUUUUUGUCCCCUCAGCAGACGGCCUCACAUUUCUCCCCGACACUCCUUUGAUGAAGCCGAGCGGCGGUCCAAACAUCGGCGUGUCUUUGUGCAGGAUUACACCACCGUCGCUGCCGAGCCCGGCAACCAACGACAAAAAAAGAAAGCAUGUUAACAUCCGAGCUCGUUUCUUUCAGACUUCCUCUUCAGUUAUUUCUUAACAGGUUGGAGACCUCGCCGGGCUGCGGCGCUCUGAAGAUCGACACCGCCGAUUGUUUCACCGAGGAACAAGUUAACAGAACUCGUUUGAAGUGUUCAGGAUGAAAACACAGAUCUCGUUUUAGUUUGUUUUUUUUCUUCUCCUCCGCCUGGCCUUGUUUCCACAAACGAGAUGAGAGGACGACGGAUUGAUGUUUGAAAUGUGACAAAUAUUUUUGGCCUGGAAAGAAAUUCCACCUGUUAAAAAAAAAAAAAAGAAAAAAAAAAUCUGAGAUGUUUUUGAUGUUUGGCAACCGUCCGCCGCCCCUAACCUCCCCCCAACCUCCCCCUAACCUCCCCCUAACCCUCCUCCGUGUCUCCUGUACGUCAGCCCUCUUUUUUUUAUAUCAGCAUUUAGUAUUUGUAAGACUUGUAUACUCGCUUCAAGAGUCGUCAAACUAGUUAUGAGACGUUAAUAAUAAAUAACUCACCUCCUGAUUCGUUAACUGCUGAUUUCUUCUCUGAUCAGGACGUUCUGGAUUAAUAAUGUUUGAAUAAUGGACGUGCAGUUCCUUCUCGCAGGCUGUAGGUGGCAGCAUGUUCGCGAUCUGCUCUGCCGCUUGUCGUCUUUUUUUUUGUUUCCGUUGGGUUCGGAAGUCAUUCCCGCUCGCUCUCCGUCAGCCUGUAGGUCAGUUCAGAGUGCGUCACGUGUACCACACAUCGCCGCCGACUGUAAAAAGAAUCAAAGUUGUGUUAAGAAUCUUGUUACGUUGGAUUUGUCUAUAGCAAGUGCCUUAUCGCAUACGAGACGUGGAGUCCCGCGUUGGAGCGUUCGUCCCGCCGUCACCUCUUCGUUUAAAGAGUUCGCUUGUCUGGAGAGUCUGUGUUUAGUUGAUUGGAGAGUUUUGAAGCAGCGUCUCGCGGUUCAGACGGCGGUUUGUCGUCGUCGAGCUGCUGUGAGAAACAGACUGAGUUUGUGUGGAUGUUUAGUUUCCCUCUCUCUCUCUCUCUCUCUGUUGUAUCUUUUACAGUUUCUUUUACCCUCAACAUUUUUGGAAUAAAAAAAAAAAAA